UAAGGCUGUCUAACUUUGGUUUAUUUUCAUUCAUAAAAGUACGGACAGACAUAUUUUACAUGUGUUAGCCGAAUUUUUGCAACGUAUACCUGUUGCAAAUCGAAACGUACAGUUUUUUUGAGUUUAUACAUACAACUUCCCUGUAUUCUUCUAUAUAGUCAUCAUUUAUAUAUAUUAUACACAUGUUGCAAGAAACACUACGGCUUCUUUCAACUGGAGUUUUAAUAUUGAUGUAAAAAUUGAAUUAUUUAAUUAUAUUUAUCAAUAAUAUUAUACAAGUUUAAAACAUUUAAUUUUAAUUCAUUGAGAUUGCAAAAUGUUCAAAUCAAAACUAAAAGCUUUGGACUACAUGUAUUGGGAUAAGGUUAAUGGUAACAACGUUCAACAUUUUCGAAAAUUGGUUGUUUGGUUAGAAGAUCAAAAAAUACGACAUUACACUAUUCAAGAUAGAGCAGGAUUAAGAGAAAUUAAUAGCAAUGAAUGGGACAAACAUUUUGAAAAAUAUCUUCUUGAUGUUGGAUGUCCAAUAACUACAACUAAUAUUGAUAAACUUGAAUGGUUAGCUGGACUUGCUGUUAGACUUGAGUUUGAAGAUGAUGUUGAAAAAUAUCGUCAAUCAAAAAAUGAAAAUAAAAAGGAUAAUGCUGUCCCUAGUGUUAAAUCAACGAAUCCUUUAGACAACCUCAACUUUCAACAAAAUGAAUUUAAAGAUGGUGUCAAAUCUCUAGCUCAAAUUUUAAAGAUUGGUCAACAUUCUGAUCAUCUUACAACAUUAGAUGCUUGUGGAAAAUACAUUACUCAUCGGUUAAAUCCCACUGCAUUAAAGAAUCCUAAUUCUGUGAUUUUGAAGGGUACGCCAUUUCCUAUUAACAAUACAGAAAUGGGUUUUGAUAUGGGAGAUAAAAUUUUGAAUAACACAGCAAAAGCACUGAACUUACUUUACAUUCAAGAUUUAAGAAAUCUCCAAACCAGUAUUAAUGAAACAAUUGUAGCUGUUCAAAAUAUUACAGCAAAUCCUAAGACUGAUACAAAAGCUGGAAAAGUUGGAGUAUAAUUUAAUAUAGUCAUAAACGUGCGUCUCUUGUCAAUAAUUAAAUACUCAUUGAUACCAUUAAUUAUUGUAAAAAUGUAGAAGUUAGAUAACAGUUUGUGGAAGAAUUAUACAAAUCGUUAACAAUAAAAUAUGUUCUAAUACAA